AACAAGUAUAAAAGUUUCACGUAAUAUUAUAUUCAUUGUUAAAAAUAGUUAUGUGUUACUUACGUUACUAGCAUAUGUGUUGCGUUUGUAAAUAUCUGUGUUAUCGAUUAUUCAGAUUUUGUCGUUGCCAUAUUUUCAAUUUUACAUAAGUAGGAAUUCACAAAGUACCACGUGAUUGUCGUUUACAAAUGAUCGUCGUGAUGAAAGUUAUUGUGUUUGGUAUUAUGAAAAAGUGAAUGAUAUAUAAUAUAUGAAAACCCGGUUUCUCUUUGAGUAUCUCAAAACGUAUUUGUCAGUUUUUGUUAAAUAUUUGAAAAUUGAUUUUAUGAAACAUAUUUAUGUAACACGGCAGUCUGAAUUAGGUUAUAAAUACGUUGAAUCUUAACGUACUUUUGUGAACUAGUCUCAUCUUACCUGUGUUUAACGGUAAUCGUAUUAAAUAUCUAAAUUUUAUUAAUUUAUUGCACAUAUUACAAGUAUGGAAAAGCAAGUGACAAUUAAACAAAGAUUGACUGCUGUGCAACAGAUAUAAAAAUAUGCGAAGUAGUUCCAAAAAAGAAGAUACUAAUGCAAAAAAGAAAUAUGUUUUUUUCACUGAUCCUGAUAUUAUUGUUCAACGUGCUGAAACAUCUGCAGCACAGCAAGAUUAUAUUACCAAGCAGCUAUCUAAAGACAAACCAUCUCAUGUUCCACUUCAAUUUGACUUGAAAAGUCUAGAGAACUUAUCAUAUCAUUCUGUCCAACCAUAUCCUUUCACGUUUAUAAGUGCUUUGAAACGAAAACUUGCUUUAAACAAUGGUUCCGAAGUCUAUAGAAAAACACAUGAAUUAAAUAAUAAAAAUGCAGCAAUUAAGUCUCCAACAAUAUUAGAGUCUAAUAGUGUGCAGAAUUUGCAUGAAGUUGUACAAAAAAUGGAUUUUAUAAGGCCAUUGAAAGCACCAGAUCUGAAAAUUUCUGCAAAGAAAUUAGAUUUCUCUAACAGAGAAAAUUGUGCAUCGAAAGAGUUGAUAUCACCAAAAUUUGAGACACCUACUAAGGAAUUUCACGAAAGAGGAGAGAAACCAACAAAGAGCUUUGAGCGAGUUCAAAGAAGAUUAGAUUUCUCAACAUCAGAUGUCUCAUCUACUAUUAACAGUGAAGUAGAACCACUAAAGGUGCCAAAUAUUUCUAUAUCUUCAAAUUUAUCAAAGAAGAAAGAAUGCAUUAGAGAAAAUUCUAGAGAAAAGGAAAACAGGUCUAAAAGAAUUAGAAAAGAUGAAUCCUCAUUCUCUAAACAAGAUGAUACAGUACAAGACUUUCUUAGAAGAUCCAGAAGUCCAAGACAUGCUUCUAGGAAAGAUUUUUCUAAUAAUGUAAGUGAAAAUACAUUAGGUAUAAAAUUAAAAAAUGACAGAUUGUCAUUUCAUAUUCCACGGGAAAGUGAUUUUGUUCCAACAAAACCAAGACCAAAAAACUUUGCUACAUCAACUGCUAAAAAGGUUAAUGAUAAGAAACAUAGAUCUAUUAAUACUAGAUCUUUAAAGACAAGAGAUAUCUCUUUAGAAUCUAAGAACAGAUCUUAUAGUAAUGAAUCACUUUCCGAACGAUCUUCAAAAUUAUCAGACAAGGUCACAGUUAAAGAGUCUAGAAAUAUGUUUGAAAAUUUCGAUUACAAACAUAAGGAUGAUUUACAUACAUUAAAACAAAUAGAUGAUCAGAAAUAUAUGUUUUCAUCAGAAAGUAGACAAGUUCAACAACACAAAAUAACAUGUCAAUCACAAGGAAAGACAGGAAAUGUAUUGUUUAAAGAGCAGAGUAAAAGAUUUGAAAAAGUAAAACCAUCAACAAGUAAAAUAGAUGGUAAAAUGUAUAUAAUAAACUCUAAGGAGUCUGAAAGUAUAGAGAGUGUAACUGAUUCAAAUAUUAGUGUAAGAACUCAAAGUCCAAUCACUGUCUCUACACAGCAGAUGAGAAAUAAAAAUUCUGAAAAAGUUGCACAAAGUAUUAACAUUAGUAAAUCAAAUAAAGCUACUGAAGAUUCAAAAUAUACAGAUGAUUCUUUGACACAAUGUACUAGUGUAAAUACAAAAAAAGAAGAAGAAUCGUUUACACAAAGCAUUGCUACUACAGUUAAACAAACUAGUAAUAGUAAUGAAUCUAAUUUAAACAACAGUAUUUUAUCAAGUGCAUUAUUAGAUCCAAGAAGAAUUUCAUUUAGAGAUGAAAAUCGUUCACAGCAAGAGGACUUUUGUGAUUUAAUUACGCCAGAUAUGAAUCUUAUGCCUCGAUCUAAGCGAAAACGGCAAUUUAUGCAGAAUAAUAAUAUAGAAGCUGAUUUUAAGUGUUCAAAACAUAAUAUAGCUAAAACUGAAACAGAGCCAGAAAAUAUUUCAUUGUUACAUCCAACUGCCUUACACAUGCAAUUUCAAGCUGAGUUGCAUCUUCUUGAUUCAUUUAAUGAAUCACUGAGGCAAGUCAUGGAUGUUGAAAAAUGUUUAUAUAAUGUUAAACAUGAUCAAGAAAAAGAGUUACCAUUACAACAUAAUCAGUCAAAUGAUCAAAUAAAAUCACAUUUCUCUAAAUCAAUGGAUGAAAGAAAUAUUGAUGAUAUGGAACAUUGCAAUGAAAUUAGUAGAUCACAGAAACAUGUUGCCACUGAUAAAGCGUUUCCGACUCACAAAGUACAUCAUAUUACAAGUCAAACUAUGGGAAACGAGUUUGACAAUGUAAAUAAAGUAACUAAACCAGUAGUUAAAGCUGUAGAAGUACAAACCCAAACAGUAAAUGACAUGGCAACUCAAACAGAUAUACGUCCAGCUCGACGGAAUGUACAAAAUAGAUGCUCAGAGAUAUGUGGAAUACCAUACGAACAAGAAUUCAUUGGAGACAGUGAAGUUCCACAUCUUUCUUUAGAUUCGGUAGAACAAUUUGAAGAUUUAGAUCAAAUAGAAGAAAUAUCGUUACCUAGUAAAUUAAGAACGAUGUCUGAAAUAAGCUUACAUGAAACCACAUCGUCUAUACGGACAGAGACUGGAACGGAAAUUAGCAUCUCUACUCGAGACUUAACUUGUUCUUUUAAUAAAUAUCUAGAUCUAGAGAUUGCACAGCUAAUAAAAGACGAGAAACAAAGAUAUGAUAAAAUUGAGAUGCUAUUCAAAUCUCGUGAAAAAACAUUGAAUGAUCGAACUAAAAAGUUAGUGAAACUAGAAGAACAAAAACGGGCAUUAAAAGAUACUGGACAAGAUAGUCGUGUUAGCUCUGUGAAAAAGAAGCAGAGAGCUUUACUUUUAAAAUUACAACAAGAAAAAGACGAAAUGAACAGAUUAAAAGAGCUUCAUAAAAUUGCAAGCCAAGAACGUAAGCUUAUGUUACAAAAACAGAGAAACAUGUUUAAUCCCCAAAUAUCCACUAAAAAUAUUUUAACAAAACUAAAACGAAGUGCAGAUAGUCAGUCUCCAAGGAGAUUAUCUGGACCUAUGAAGGGUUAUGAUAUAAGGAGUAAUAGUUCUAUGAGUUCUCUAGUUGAUUCUGAUAAAUCUCAGCACGAUCGAUCUCAAACAGACGCGCGCUUGCAAAUAUCAGAAAACGAAUCACACUUUUCUAAAAUCGACUUACCAAAAAGUAAUAAAUUCACGAAUUUCAUUGAGGGAUCUAAUACAUCGUUUUUAAGAUCGGAUAAAUCCGAUGAAGCUAUACAAAGCAAUGUGUCUCAAGAAAAAUGUCUUUACAAAACACAAAGGGAUGGAAACAUAUCUAAAUACGAGAUAAAGUCAAGAAAAUUUGAGGAAAAGAUGCCCAAGGUGGAUGUUACAAGACUGAAAUCACAUCAACAUUCUGUUGACCCAAAAUUGAUCUCGAAUCAUUCCAUAAGCAUUCCUGGGAAAUAUCUUUUUGAGAAAGAAAAAUCUCCCGAUAUGUUAGAAGUACAACAGAAUCUAAACAAAUCUAUCUCUGAACAUAUUAAAUCAGAAUCUGACACUUUAGUAGAAGAAUUAUCUAAAAAAUCAAAGCCUUCUCAAGUAAUUGAUAAUCAUUUUCAGAGUAUAGUGUCCCCAAGGGAAUCUUUGAAAGCUAUUACUACGAAUAGCGAAAUUUUGUCAGAAGAAGUAAGUUCUGUUAGUCAAGAUACCAUAUUGAAAACAUCAAAAUCAUCUCAAGUGUCUGAAGACAUUUUACAAACGUAUUCGAAAAGUUCUAAACGAAGCAGUAAAUCAAUUCCGACCGAUAUGUCUAAAAAGACCCAAUAUAGUUCCGAAUCUAAAUCAAAUUUUAAACGCAGAAGUUCAAAAUGUCAAAAAAGCAAAUCGUCAUCUAGCAUACUCACCGAGAAUAUAUUACGAUCCAAAUCCAAUUCUCAAAUGUCAGAGGAGCUUGUCAAGCAUCAUAAUAAACGAACAAAAAUGGAAAAGGAAUUUAUUCAAUUUGAUAAGAACGAUGAAACUGCACUUAUGGAUAAACAUACAAAAGAUAAGAAUUUCAAAUUACUAACAGAUAGGAUAGACGACUAUGAUAGCAAAGAGAAUGUAUUCUGUCAAAAAAUGUUUGAUAAAAGUGUAAACUCCUAUGAAAAUUCCUUUUGUAGCCAAGACAAGAAUGGACAUAAUUUCGAUGAGACAUCCACAAAAUCUCAGAUUAGUAAUUUUGCUAUUUCUCAUCAUAGUUCCGGAGAGAGUGACAGAAAUUAUUCUAAAUCCGUGGUUGUUAGAUCGCAAGAUCAUAAUUUGAAAACAUCUAAAAAGCUUGAGCAAAUUUUGAAUGCACGUGAAGCUGCGCUUACCUCGCGGAAAAACUGUGUGGAAGAGUGGAUGGCUUGGCAUGCGAAAUUAAGAAAUGAAGAAGAUCGUGUUGCACGAAUGGAACAAGCUGCACUUAAACUUGUAACUGCAACAUCUAAUGUUUUUUCUCAACAAGAGAGAAGUAUGUGUCAUUUUAUAGAUACUACUAUUUCAUCGGACACGAGCGAUAUCGAAGGAAGAAUAGAGUUACUCACUGAAAAAUUAGCUGAAAGACGAAUAGAAAUGUCACGUUUGAAAAGGGAAGCCAGGAAACAGACGAAACAAAAACUUCGAACUUUAGAAGCUAAUUUACUGCAUCAAAUCAAGAAAUAUGAUACAACGAUUUACGAAAUGCGUAAGAAAUUGGAGUCGAAAAAAGGAUCUUCUAAAGACAAUGAGAAAUUAGCGAUAGAGUCCAAAUCUUUGGCAGACUUCAAAAUACCUGAGAUUCCUCUGAAAAAGCUACAGGAUAUGUUCAAAAGCAGCGAUUUGUUGAGGUCUAGGUCGGAAUCUGAUUUAUUUUCCACGAAAAAAUUACCAGUAAAAGAUUCUAUAAAAAAUAUUAAUUUAUUACGAGAUGAAAUUAUUGAAGCUAAAUAUGAUAGAAAUUACUCUGAAAAGACACUUGAAUCUUCAAGAAGUAUGAGAACAUUAGAACAAGCAAGUUCCGCAAAAAUGAGUACGGCAAAUCACCGCACUCAAUCAGUUUUUGAUGAAAUCAUAUCAGAAAAAAUUGAAAUUGAUAAACUUGGUUCUGCUGCGAUGUCAUCAGUCUCAGAUGGACGAUCUGACAAAAAUAUUCCUUGUGAAACUGGACAAUAUAAAGAUGAAAUCCGAAAUAAUCAAAGUAUUUCUGAAGAUAUUAGAACUGAAAUUAAUACAUCGAAGUCUGAAACAGAUAUACUUACACAAUCGGAAGCUAAGCUUUCUCAGCAUGAUACUACGAUUCAGUCUGAUUUAAAGGAGUAUAAAUCCGAUUUUGAUACAUUUUCUGAACAGUCUCAGGCUAGAACUAUUUCAUCACAACAUUCAGAACAUUCACAUAUUUCUUCGAGAAAAUCCAGUAAUAUUCAAAAUUCUAAUGCAGAAAUCAACACUGAAUCUGUUAAUGAAAGUCUUGAUUUUUCCAAAAAAGUAGACUUUUUGCGUUUAAAUAAUCAAAAUUUGAAUGAGGAUAUAAGCUCAUUGGAAAAUGAACUAAAGAUACUUUCAGAGAUGAUGUCGCGUUUUAAUAAAAAAUCAAAUGAAGAAAGAAAAUAUGAGUCACAAAAUGAAGAGAGAAGUACAUCGAAAGGAAUAUCAGAAAUACUUUCAGUAUCUGAUAAAAAUAACGAGGUUUAUGAUGAGGAAAUCGUAAAAGAAGACAAAAGCACAGAUGUAGAAUUAUAUGAAGAGAAGGGUAAUUCUGACAUUCCACAGUAUUUAACGAAUAAUACAAAAUUGGAAUCAGUUACUAACAUCAGUGAUAAUAAAAUUAUAACGAAAGAAGACGAUAAUGUAAUAUCUGUUAUGAUGCCUCAAAAUAAAAUAUCGCCUUCUAGGUCAAAUAUCCAAGAAAUUGAUUAUAAAGCGAGAAGCAAAAAAAUUUUAAAUGAAAUCGAGAAAUCUAUAAUAUUAGAACAUAUUAAGGCAACUAAGGAUGAUCUCAGUCGCUCAGAGAUGUUAAUCGAAAAUAAUAAUUUAAGCUUGCAUAAAAAAGAUGAAGAAGUGUCUUGUGAUACUUCUGUUGGAAUCAGAUCCAUAUCCGAAAUUUGUUCAAAAACAAUGCAGAAUGAAGAAUGUAUAAAUAUUAUGGAAUUUGAAACAGUAUAUUCUGAAGAAAAUGUUGAUGCAAAUAUUGAAGAAGAUUCAGUUAACUCAUAUAAUUUAGAGAGUCAUCAAUCAUUGGAGUCGAAUAAAAGUUCUUCAUUAUUUUCAGAAAAAUCCAACUUAGCUGAGAAGAGUAAGUCUUCAAAUCAAUGCACAAAUAUCAAUCAUAGUUCAAUAAUAAAUGUACUUAAUAUAGAAACUCAGUCUGAAAAUAAAAAUGAUCCAUCUCUUAAACAAGUUCUGCAGGAUAUUUCAAAACAUCCAAUAGUUACAGAAUAUGUAAAUGAAUUAUUAAAAAGACAAAUUUCUCCGCAGUUAUCAAAUUCGUCCAAACAAAAUGAUAGUUUUAAGGAACCAAUAGAUUAUAUGGAAGAUACAGUGGAUGAUAGUAAAUACCAAAAUAUAAAUGAUAUAUGCACAGCUUCAAAAAUAGAAGGUUCAGAAUUAUUCUUAAAUGAAUCCAAAGAAUUUAAUGAUAAUAAUAAGAAUGAAAUUUCAUUUCUACAAACUGAUAUGGGAAAACCUAAAGAAAUUUCUCAAAAAUCUGUUCAGGGAUCUAAACAUGAUGCCUUCGAUCGCGCUUUAAGCAUUAGUAAUCAAGAAGUCGAUAAGAAUGGAAGUCAGGCACAUGAAGGAUUUAUUAAUAAAAGUUUUGAUAAAGAUGAUUGGACCGCAUCUGAUUCAUUUAAUAUUCAUUCUGCAUGGAAAAAUUCUCAAAGUCAAAUUUCAAAAUUAUUCAGUGAUGACUCGAGUAUACUGUCAAGUUCAAAAGAUACAUUCCAGUCAACUAAUGAUUCUAAAAAUCAAAUUAACGCAAUCACCGAUAUAGAAGAUAUAGAAAAUAUGUCACUAUUUAUUCCAAAAAGCGAAUCUACUAAUAUUGACAUAUAUGGAAUCAAACUUGAUGAAACGAUAUUAGAUUCUCAUUUUGAAAGUCCUGAUAAUAAAGCUAAAAAUAUUUUGAAUAUAAUUACGAAAGAUAACGAUAAAGAGCAAUAUGAAGAAGACACUGUGCACAGUAUAGAAACCGAUGAUUUCCAAAAGGCCAUUUAUGAUUCUGUGAUUAAGAUACUGGAUAAGGUUGAAAAGAGCAUUGAAGAUAAUUCAACAAGAGAAAAUGUUGAGAACCAUGUACAUAGCAUAGGGAGUAAAACCAAAAUAAAAGUCACAGUACAGGAAAAAGAGAAACCAAUUUUAAGUAGUUUUACCUUACAAGAUAAAUGUUUGAAAGAAAAUAAAGGUAACACCAUUGAUACUAAUGAAGAAGCUGCUAACAGAAAUAUCAAUGAAGAGAUUAUAGCUAAUGAAGUUAAUACAGAGACUGCUAUAAGACUAGAUGUGCACACAAAAAUCAAAGAUGAUGAUAAUACAUGUCUUAGUGAAUCUAAAUCUCGAGAAAUCAUCAUAACAGAAUUAGAACCAGGGAGUGCUGAAAGUGAAUAUUUAUCAGAACUCGAAAUUGAUGCUAAAGUAGAAUUAGCAGAAGAAGAACUUAUAGAAAUAAAUAAAAGUGAUAACAAAGAAGAAAUACAAGACAAAAUAACACAGGAACAAAAAUCCUUGGAAUCCAUAAUAGAACAAGAUAGUUCUGAUGGUGAACAGCUUGAUAAUUUAGUUGAAGUAACUGAAAGUGUAUUGGAUGUUAUAGAAAAAGAGACUAAAUAUUUUAUAGAUUCUAUUACCGAAUCAGAACCGACUUCACAUAAUAAAACAGAUAUUCAAAGCGUUGAAAUACAAGAAAAUAAAAUACAAAGUAAUGUAACUCCUUCCACAAUAAUAAAUAAUGUUAAAACAGUAGAAAAUGUUGAAGUAAUUGUAUCGGAUGUCUCACCAAAUAUAGGGGAUAAAACCUUUGAUAUUUUGAAAGAUCCAGAGUAUGAAGAUAUUUCAGAAGAAAGUCUCGAAGUUUCUGAAAUAUUCGAUAAAAGUGAACUUCAGAAAUCUGCUGUUUUACGAAAAUCAUCUUCUAUACCGGAAAGAUAUGAAGCAAUACAAAAAUCAGGAGAAGUAUUGAAAAUACUUGAUGAAAUUGCACAGAAAUUUUCAUCAAGUUCAGAAAAUGAUAUAAACAAACUUCAAGACAAUAAAUAUAUUUCUGGAGAUAAUAAAAAAUCACAAACUGAAAUUUCUGAUACAGAUAGCAUUGCAUCUUCAAAAGUAGAUAAUAAAGCUAUUGAUAAACAUGAACAACCUCUAAUAAAUAAUUUGGAAAGCCAGCAGUCUAAAACAGAAGCACUAGAAAAAGAAAAUCAAUUGAUAAAAGCAGUGAUUAAUCCAAAUAAAACAGAAGAAAAAGAAAAGCAGGAACAAGAUGUAUUAUCUGAGUCAAGUGAGGGCAGAGAUACACCAAAGGGUGUAUCAGAAAUUGAGAUGGAUUCUCCUAGAGAUCAUAAUGAUUCAAGAUUGGAUAUCGACGUGUUAAAUGAUGAUUUAUUAAGUAAUUCAAACAUAGAAAAUCAAAAUGCAGAUUCGAAGAAUACAUUCCAUGCUACACCCAUUGUUGCAACAUCUGAAAAGGAUAUAGAAAUCAUGAUAGAUAAAUUAAAAGCCUCAUUGAAACAACCUGGUAUGGAGGCAGAUUGGGAAGCAAAAUUGCUUCGCAUUGAACAACUUCAAAUUGAGUUAGAGAUUAAGAAAUUAGAAGCAGAGGAAGUAUCUUUCUAUGUUCGAGAAAUACCAAACAAACCACCACCUCCGUACACACCACCUGGUGGUGGUGCAAGAAUUUCAACAUCCCUUGGAUCAUCUUCUCCUCCUCCAGCCGUAAUUCCCUCCAAUAUAGAAGAAUUAACGGCAUUUACUGAAAAAGCCACGGCUAUAAUAUUUAAUGCCAAAGAGGCUGGAGAAGAUAUCAUGAGCUUAGAAGCUCCUCCUGAAAUCUGCGAGUUAACCAAAGAAAACGACGAGACUGUAAAAAAGGAUAGAAGAAUUUACAAUACAUUCCUCUUUGAUCUGUGCAAAGAAACAAUCGCCGAAGUUUAUCAGGCCGAAUACGAAAAACCAGGUCCAAGUUGGACAAAACCAAAUGUGAAAACAAAACCUACAAUGAAAAUCCCUAAGACUAUACAAGAGCUUAAUGCUUAUGUGAAUAAGGAAGUGGCCACGUUGUUUGGUUUCAAAACGAAACUACAACGGGAAAACAUGGUGAUGCGUUGGAGCAGAAAACGAAGGGACAGGGUUGAUGAAUUAUUGGCUAGAGAAGCUCAGGCCGAGGAAGAUGAAUGGACGAAAUUCCAUCAUGAUGAACUCGCGGUAAAAAAUGGUCUUACUGUAACUAUAUUAGAUACUCUGUUGAUGGAAACUGUGAAUGUAGUUAAAGUGGCAUACGCAAAAAAAAGAAAAGUAAUGGUUUAGUUUCUUUCUUUAUUCUUUCUUUUUUGCAAUGUUAUGAUUAACGACUGAGAUUACCAAUAUACAUGAACUACGGAACAACCGUUUAAUUAUGAAAAAUAGUAUAUAUUAUUUUAAAAUUCAGUAAACUGGCCUGAACUGCCAUAUUUUAAUGAAUUUCUAUAAUAAUUAAUUUUUAUGUGUGCCCUAUACAUGAUCUGUAGGCUGGUUCCUAUUUAUUUCUUUGAUAAAUCAAUCGUAAAUACGAAAAUAAAAUGUGUAAGGAAUUCAUUUCAUGAAUUUUAGAAUUGUAGAAGGUAUUUGUGUAUCAGUGUGUAGAAUUCGAUAAUCAAACGCUAUAAGUUCGUUUUGUUAAAAUUAAGAAAUAAUUAUUACAGCAUAUAGUACAUAGGUUUAUCACACUCUAUAUUCACAUAUAUUGGGAUAUAAUAACAUACUUAAUAUAGCGGAAUCCCGUUGAUAUUUAAUUUUAAGAAGAACAUAUAGUGUUGUUGCUUUAAUAAUUGUGAGCGUUUUGUUCGAGUAAUUUUUCAAGUAAUAUUAUUUUAUGUAGUUAUUAAUGACAUGUUCCUUAUUUGAGUUGUUUCACUUUUAUAUAUAUUUUUGACUUUUAUGUAAUAAGUACAAUUGUGACUUACUUGUUACAGAAAUAUUAUAAACAUUUUGAUUAAGUGUUAUACAACGUUACUCAAACAAGUAUUUAUUAAUUAUUCAAACAUAUUAAAUAUUCGAACAAAAUGCUCUUUCGGUUAUUACGUGUAACCAUUAUAAUUGUGUUAUAGAAGACGUCGGCUAUGGAACGUAGAUAGUAUGUUCUUAUGAGGCCACAUCAGAUUUCGUAGAAUUAUGCUCAACUAUGUAUAAUAAAAUUAACAAAAUUUCAACUAAAAGACUGAUAUUUCGGGGCCAUUUCGAUCCAAAUUAAAAACAUUUUAGAAAGAUGCAUAAUUACAAAUAGUCGGUAGUUGAACGUUGGUUAUUAAUUGGCAUUGAAAAAACUCUCCGGGUUGACUAUCUGCAACAAGGAGAUUGCUUCGCUUUUCUACUGUAGCCCCUUUAUUACAUAAGAAUGAAUAUAUGAAUGUAAAAAUAAGAUACUACUUUUGUGCUAUCAACUGCAACAUGUUAACGAACUGAUAAAUCAGUUACACAUUUUAGUCUAAUUUCAGUUGGCAAUAUGCUAACUGUUAUUCUGCCGGACCUAAGUUUAUAUUUGUGGUUGUGAUGUCGAUUUAAUAUCCAUGAAACGAUAGAAGUGACGAGUUAAUUACAUGAAAGUACAGAAGCGAUAGGACAAAUGAAACAUUAGCUUUAAUUACCAUGAAUUGUCAGUUAUUGAUACUGUGUGAUGAGUUCAAGUGUAUAAUUGAUUUAUUGUACAUCUUUAGAAAACAUCGUGAACUCUGGUCUUUUAAUAUAUGUCCUUUAAAACUUCUAUAUUUUAGAAAUGUACAUACAACGAUAAGGUUCAAAUUGUAGAAUACUACGUUUUCCUUCGUAGAGAUUUCUACCAAUCUGUUCUUAAGAAUUUCUUAAGUUUUUCGUCUAUUAUGUGAGUUUCUUCUAACUUCAGUGUUGUCUAGCUUCACUUUUUUUUUUAUUUUGCAGUCAGUUUGACAAUCUGAGAUUGAUUGCAUACAUAGUUGUUAUACAUACAUAGAUAUUGUUCGCAUACGUAGUGUUGAAUAUGUACUUAACUAAGGUAUAAUAUAUUUUAUAAUAAAUUUUUUGAAAAAUUUA